AUGAACGCGCUCUCUUUGGGUAUCAAUCUUAUCAUAUGUUUUCAGCUCGUCAAUUAUGCUCAAAAUAGCUUAGAAGAAUUAGUAGAACGAUCCAAGAAGUUGGUCACACUGAUUGACUUGGCUGGUGAUUCCAAAUACUUGAAAACAACUAUACAUGGACUGUCUGGAUACAAGCCACAUUUUGCUUGCUUACUGGUAUCAGCAGAAACGGGUCCCACCGCAGCGACAAAAGAACAUUUGGGACUAGCUGCUGCACUGAAUAUCCCCAUUUUUGUCAUAAUCACGAAGUGGGAUCUUGUUGAAAAGGAGCAGCUGGAGAGGGCCGCUGGCGAUCUUUGCACGGUUGGCACAGUGCCGAUCAUGUGUGUAUCCUCUGUUACUGGUGCUGGUCUCGGUUUGUUCCGGUGCUUCCUGAACGUGCUGCCACCGACGGGUACGACUGGAUCAAGACUACAGCUUGCUUCUCAACCUCCGUUCUUCACAAUCGAAGAGGUGUACAAU